AUGCACUCCACGAUACGGCAGGAGGCUGCUACUUCCCAAUGCAUCGCGCCGCUCGGCAUGGAGUCGGGCGCGAUCCCGGACGCGGAUAUCACGGCAAGCUCCACGUUCGACACGGGAAACGUUGGCCCCCACCUGGCACGGUUAAAAGCGGAGAAUCUCGGCGGCGCUUGGUGCCCCAAGAAUCAGAUCACCCAAGAAGCCCGAGAAUGGUUGGAGAUCGACCUUCACACGGUUCACUUGAUCACUGCUACCGCGACGCAAGGUCGGUUCGGGAACGGUCUCGGUGUCGAGUAUGCAGAGGCGUAUCUCCUCGAGUACUGGCGACCGCGUCUGGGCAAGUGGGUCCGAUACAGAGAUAUCAAAGGGAAAGAGGUAAUACAGGGUAACACGAACACGUAUUUGGAGUCGAAGCACGAGCUGGAGCCGCCUCUGUGGGCGAGCAAGAUCCGUUUUCUGCCCUACAGCCAUCACACGCGGACGGUUUGCAUGCGGGUCGAGCUCUACGGAUGUUACUGGAGCGGUAAGCUGUUUGCACUCUCCAAUUUUCGUUGAACUUGCCGCCGCUUA